CAUUUUUGCUACGAUUUUCCGACAGUGUACUUGGAGGCGUUUCAGUUGCUUGGAUUGAACUCAAUGCCAAUGGAUACACGGACGUUAAACAUAUGCAACCCUUUGUUAAUGCGGACUUUGAAAAUAAGGAAGACGACAAAAAGUUUCGUUCGAUUGGCGAUCUUAUUAAAAAUCACCACAAAUGUACCCAUUUGUAUCCCGGAAUGAUUUCAAAGGAUAAGGCAUUCGGUGAAUACUUCACACAGCCAAAUGCAACUAAGAAAGGAUACGUUCCAAAACAAUAUACGUUUUUAGCACCACCUGAGGAAAAUGCAGUAUCAAGUUCCUCCUCUCCGAGCUCCACUGCUCCGAGCUCCACUGCUCCGAGCUCCACUGCUCCGAGCUCUGAUUCCCCAAGCUCAGCUAAUUCGGACUUCCCCUUUCCGAGCUUCUCUGUUCCUAGCUCGUCUUCUUCAAAUAGUACACAGAAUUGGAAGUCAUCUCAUCCGGCACAAUAUCCGUCAUCACGUCCAAUUUCAGGAGGUCAGCCAAUCGAGCAACACUUCCAACGUUGGAAUCUGGAGGAUACGGAAUUUUAUCGUUUUGAGAUGGCGACAACACAACCAACAAAUACGUUGGUUUCUAUGGAGACUGAACGUACAGAUUUUAUUUGCAACUAACAUAAACUCGUACAGUUUCUAUCCGAUUGCAUUGAAAAAAAAGCCCAAAGAACUCCUGAAAAUAUGGAAAAUUGCAAGUUUCAACGAUUUCAACAUGAAUAAACUUGUAAAGUACACAGGUACACACGUCUCGUGUGAUCACCGGUCGAAUGGCGUAGAAUAAUAACUAUUUCAUUCCACACUGCCAAGUGCUGGCUGAAUAAAUUUAAUGUGUUUUAUAUUUUCCGAAUGUUCAUAGAAAAUUAUGAAACAAAAAUGUCGGCCACCUUGUUCAAGUCCAUUCCUAACUUUUUAUGAACCAAACAAUUAAAUUCAUAUUAAAUUAGACAUAAUUAUAAAUAUACUUUUUACUAAUUUAGCUAUGCUUGGAUUUAGAAGACUUUUUUGUGGAAUGAAUAUUGAAUAAAUAAUAUUUCCUU